AGUAUCAUGGGAACCGUGCUAUCACUUUCACCCAGCUACCGGAAGGCCGCCCUGUUUGAGGAUGGCCCGGCCACCGUGGGCCACUACACAGCUGUUCAGAACAGCAAGAACGCCAAGGACAAGAACCUAAAGCGGCACCCACUCAUCAACGUUCUACCGUGGAAACGAAUAGUAGCUGUCUCAGCUAAGAAAAAGGGGUCUAAGAAGGUGCAGCCUAAUACUGGCUACCAGAACAAUGUUUCUCACCUCAACAAUGAGAACCUCAAGAAGUCACAGUCUUGUGCAAAUCUCUCCGCCUUUACACAGGACCAGUCGAGUCCAUCAAACCAAGGCUCCAAAAACUCCAACAACACAGCUUCCUCGGUCAAGAAGGCGCCUCUUUCCAACUCCAAUGUUGUUCCCGGGACACCCAAGAGGGUGAUCGUCCAAGCCUCCACCAGUGAGUUGCUGCGCUGUUUGGGAGAGUUCCUCUGCCGGAGGUGCUACCGACUCAAGCACCUUUCUCCCACCGACCCAGUGCUGUGGCUUCGUAGCGUGGAUCGUUCUCUGCUGCUCCAGGGCUGGCAGGACCAGGGCUUCAUCACUCCGGCCAAUGUGGUUUUUGUCUACAUGCUGUGCCGCGACGUGGUCUCCUCUGAAGUGGCUUCGGAGCACGAGCUGCAGGCCGUGCUGCUGACCUGCCUCUACCUGUCUUACUCUUACAUGGGCAAUGAAAUCUCAUACCCUCUCAAGCCAUUCCUGGUGGAGACCUCCAAAGAGACAUUCUGGGACCGCUGCCUGUCCAUUAUCAACAUGAUGAGUGCCAAGAUGCUGCAGAUCAACUCGGAUCCUCACUAUUUCACCCAGGUCUUUGCAGACCUCAAAAACGAGAGCCAGAAGGAGGAGGAGAGGAGUCGUCUGCUCAUUGGCCUGGACCGGUGAGGGGGCUCUGGAGAUGUAUUUGGUGUCACUCUCAUCUGGCAUUUUUUUCCAGGGAUAGUUCAGCCAAAAAUGAAAAUUCUGAGAAAUCUGUUGAAUCUGUAUGCCCUUUGGAACACAGGAAAAGAUAUUUUGAAAAAUGUCUCAGUAUUUUUUAGUCCAGAAACAAUGAGGUCCAACAGGGUUGUUUUGGACCCCAUUGACUCUCAUUGUACGCUCUUAAAAAUAAAGGUUCCAAGAGCAGAUUUUCACAGUGAUACCAUUGAAGAACCAUUUUUAGUUCUUUCAGUUCUUAAAGAACGAUUUCUAUUAGUAUAAAGAACAUUUUAAACACCUAAAGAACUCUUUUCCACUAUAAAGAACUUUUUGAAGAAUGGAAAGGUUCUUCAUGGAAGAAUAGCUACCAAUAAAGAACCUUUAUUUUUAAAAGUGAAAAAAGUAUCUCCUUUUGUCUCUUCUUCUUUUAGAGGGUGAGUAAAUAACACCACAAUUUUCAUUUUUGGGUGAUCUAUCCAUUUAUGUAGCUCCUACAUGGGUGGAAUGAAUAAUGAGAUAUCUUUCAGUGUUUUAUUCACAUUCAUAUAUUUUAUAGGAAGCAAUGGGUGAUGCUAAUGUUGUUCAAAAGGAGCAGUGGGUCUUUCAUUACCUUUAGCAAUGGCAAUUUUGGACCUGAAUAUAAAGAAAUGCCAGACUUGAGUGGACCAAAUGCUCUUAAGUAGUGAAUAUUUAAAAGCACUGACAGAAAAGACUUCAAAAGACACAACGAGACAAAAAGAACACAACUUUGAAUGUGGACAGGAAUCCAGCUGUUGUCAAGCUGACUUCUGGACACUUUGCACCAAGAUCCUUUCCACCACUCUCAAUAGAAAUGGAGACUGACUCAUAAUCAACAGACUUGUUCUCCUGUGUCCAUGAAACCGGACACUCGCUGAAUGCUAAACACCUUUAUGUUGCGAAAUUCUGUUACAGCCAAUUGCAAAAAGGGAAGAGGGGCGUCUUAGCGGCAGGUUGUGCGUGUUUAUGUUCACAAGCCACACACAAAGAAUAAAGGGAAAUGACUUUGAGGCCAGCAUUGCACAGUGGCUGUUGAUACAGAUGGUGAAAGGAGAGGUUGUCCGCACAUUUGUAAAAAAGACCUACUUUAUUUUCAUCCAUGAUACAGAUCUCUCCUGUGGUUUACGUCCUUUUUUAAAACAACAAGCUGGAUGAUGUACUUUGAGUUUUUUUUAAGCCGACUGCAUAUGUGUUUAGGGAAUGAAAUAUGAAAAAAAAAAAAAAAAAAAAAAGUUAAAAUAGUUUAUCUUGCUAUGCCUGCUUCAAUGAGCCAUUGUUUUGUCAUUUUGUUUUGUACUCAGACUAGUUUCAACAGGGGGCUCUGUACAGAAAAGCCUGUAAAUGUAUCAUAAACAGUGCCAUACCUUUGAUGAAAAUCAUGUAGGUCUAAAAACAUACCAAAGGCCGGCAAACUUUGGAACGGUAGGAUUGUCAUUAAUAAGUAUCUAUCGGAAUCGUAAUUUAUUGUUAUUUAUUAAUUAUUUUCACACAUUUCUCUCUUGCAUUUAGAGAUUUUAGUAACGUGUUGUUUAAAAAAAAACGAAAAAAAAAAGAAAAAAAAAAGAAAAAAAAAAACAGCAUUUAGAUCAAUGGCUACCUUUUGGUGGGAAUGAAGAUUAGGGUUAAUGCACAUUUGCAUUCAAAUGAAUUAUUCAAGGCGAUAACAUCUAUAAGAGCUUAGUUUAAGACCAUUUUCAGAUCUGAGAAACACCAAGGUAAUUCAUCAUAGUGACAGACGAUCGGUUUCAAUCAACAUGAAAUACCUGAAACCAAUUUCUCUGUGAAGUACUGUUGGGAUGUUCUACAUAUCAGCACUGCAAUAGCAAUCAUGAGUGAUUAACCCAUGACAACACAGAUGAUAACAAGCUCCAGGCAUUAAACUGGAUGAGAUGUGGUCUAUUUCUGGAGAUGAGCAGCGAUUUCUAUCAUAUUUACAUAGAGGUAAAUGUAAUAGAAUUUAAGUACCAGACAAUAUUAUAAACUUACAUUUACAGCCACAUUGAUGACAUCAAUCAAACUGGAUAUGGGUUAUCAAGGUGUUAUAUGAUCUAUUUGCCCGCUUUAAAACAUCUCAACAGUGCUAAAUUGUGCAUGCUUUCUUUCAGUAGUUAUGAAUCUCUUUCUUUGUAGUCAAAAAAAAAAAAAAAGAAAAAAAAAGAGAAUGUGAUAGUCAUAUAAGCAAACAUUAUUAUGUCUCUGUUAAUUCAUGCAAAAGCCUGUUCUUCUCAUGAGAUGGAAGUGGGAUGGAUGGACUCUGUGUGACUGCUUGCCCUGCUGCAUUGCUUUAAGUGACUAAAGGUCGAGGAAGCCAAUAAUUUGCUCAAAAACGUGCCAGGGGAGGUUUGGAUACGGGACUUGCACUUUUCUGUGAGCUGUUUGUCUGAGGAGACCACAGGGGUAUGAGGUUGUGGGGGCUGAAGUAGGUGAGCCCUUCUUCACCACUUACCUGCUAUUAUUUGCCCCCAGCCCACAACAAUGUGCCAUUUUUUCACUUGCAUCACAGAGUAGUCCUCUGAAACAAGGAAAAACACUUAAAAAAUGAUAAGUAAAAGAUUAAACUCCUGUCAAACUCUCUCUGUAUCUGUUGCGUAAUUCUUUGUAGAACUGAAAACAGUGUUACAAAAAAGGAUUGCAUGAGUGUGCGAGCGCGAACGAGUGUAUUUGUAAAGAAGAAUGUGAUGUGUGUAAGUUGAUUUUCUAGGAUCAGAGCAUGGCCAUGCUUAUUAGAGGGUAGGACUCUAUAGUAUCGGGCUAGAGUUUGACAGGUGGGUGGGAGGGAGGGGUUACGGAUCUGUUACUGUUUUGUUCUUUAAAAAAAAAAGAAAAAAAAAAAGACGAAAAUCUGUUGCUGUAACUUUUUGCAUUUUGUUUCUGCUUAUUUUUAUUUAUUUUUGUACUGUGAUGACAAAUAAACUGAUGCACUGAUCAUUAAAGAUA